AUGUCCAGUGGUGUCAGAGGAAGUGCAAAAAACCACGUGACGGGUGGUGGAUUCGUCGGUUUCUCUGGUAAAAUGGUUUUCUCAGUGGAACCGAUGAAUCCCAACUCGCAACGCUUCCCCACCACCACUGGUCACGUGGUUGGUUUGACCUUCUCUGGCAUCAGUGGUAUGAGCAUAGGUUCCUUGUGUAGCGGCGACCCACCCUCUUUUUUACAGUUUAAUCAAGGAGGCUUCCAAGGUUCACAACCCUCUCCUAAUCAGCAAAGCAAUUAUAAACAAGGAAAUGCACAAAACGUACAAGCAUUUAAACAACAACCGCAACAGCAGCAAGUCACGUCAAGGAAUUUGCAACAAGGGAAACCACAACAGCAACCAUCGCAACCACAGCAGCAGCAGCAACAACAACAACAACAACAACAACAGAUUAAACCACCACAGCAACCAAUCUCAUCUCAAAUACAAUCGCAACCUCAGUCUCAACCUCAACCUGUUCCACAACCUCAACCUCAACCUCAACCUCAGCAACAAUCUCAGCCUCAAUCCCAAGCACAGCUGCAAUCUUCGGCUCAACCCCAACGAUUAAAACCAAUUUUGAAACAGACAUCCCAUACACAGCAGCAAGCUACACCAACUGUGCAAAAUAGUCCUGCUCCGACUUCUCAACCACCAAUUCCUGCUCCAACACCUCUAACAACCAAUUCGAAUCCUACACCACCAGUAACAAACAAUGCUUCUGAUGCAAAGAAUGAUAAUCAAGUGCCUGAGAAUGCUGAUGUUGAAAUGCAAGAUCAACAACCUAGAUGGAGACGUAAAGUACCUGGAUUUAGGGUAAACAAAAGACUCAAACGACUUCGUUUGAAUCAACGUUUAAGAAAAACAUUGCAACCAAAGAAUGCAAUUAUGGUACUGAAUGAAAUGAAGGCUGGAGUGCAGUUCACAUUCCCUGAAACCCAAGGAAUGCCAAACUCUCUUUAUCUCGUUCAUGCAGAGCUUGAUGGUAAAACCUAUGUUGGACAAGGAUUAUCAAAACCACUUGCACGACAAAAUGCUGCCGAAAAUGCAUUGAAAGCUUUAUUACUUGAAAAAAUGACAGCAGCCUCUUUGAAAGCACGUAUUGAUGCAGAAACAGAUGGUAUGAUAAAUCAAUUGGCAGAUUCGUCCAAUGUAUCAAAGGAUGAUAGUAACGAAGAAGGUGCAACACCUAUGGACACUAACGUAGACGAAAGUGACGAAAUUCCAUGGAGUUCUCUGGCCAGUUUUGCUUUAUACAAACUGUUCCUUGAGUGGCAUAAUCAAGGAACAUCAGUUCCGGUUUCAAGACCUGGAUUACCAUCACCUGUAAAAGGAGUUAAGAAAGAGAUUGCCCAUAUUCCAAAAGCUCCAGUUCAAAAGGAACUUCCAACAAACGCUACGAACAUACACCCUGUAAUGUUAUUAAACCAGAUGAGACCAGGUUUAACAUAUGUGGAAUUAAAUCGUGUUGGUAAUCCACCUAAUACAAUGUUUACACUUGCUGUAGAAAUUGAUGGGGUUGAAUAUGCAGGAACAGCCAAAAACAAAAAAGAUGCCAAGAAAAUAGCUGCAAAGUCAGCACUGUUGGCUUUGUACGGUUUGAGCUACCCAGAUGAAAAUAAAGCAACUAUUCAAGAGCUUACAAUGGCUUAAAACAACCUUUGAAUAAUAAAAUAUCUUAAUUUUUUAUUUUAUGACUUCAAUUUAUAUAUUGUGUGAACAACUGCAUGUUGCAGACGAGAUUCUAAAACUUGAAUAACCUGCAAUAAUAAUAUAAGAUUUUUUCAAUUUAUAUUUAUAAAUAUAUAGAAUUCAUGUACACAUAUUGAAAAUUGUAUAAUAUUCAGUUGUCUAUAAUAUUAACAAUAUUUAAAGAGUAUUCUUUCUUAUAAAUUGAAUCAAUGUUUAAGUAGAUACUGCUGUAGUUAAUUUAAAAGCGUUUUCUAUGAUAACAGUUUCUUAUUAAAUAUAGCAUGUCUUUAUAUAGGGUGGUAUAUAAAUCAAUCGUCGUAGUAUUUCAACUGAUUUUGACAGCGCACUGAAAAUAUUUCAAACAAGAAUUCAGUAGGUGAAUUUGCAUGAGAUGGAAAAUAUAUUGAAAGUGUCAGUUUUUACAAAAAAACAUUACUUACAAUCAUACAAAAUAAUUCUUUUCAUGCAAUUAACUUUUGCUGGAAGUAUUUUAUUAUACUAACAAGUUCAGUUGAAAUCGCCCUUCAAAUAGAUCACCCUGUAGCCUUUUUAAUUUGUAUGUACAACAAAAUGACAUUUUAUCGAUUACUAUAUUUCCAAUAAAUUGUGGAAUUUCAAUUGUCUACGUACAUAUUAUGAUUGUUGAUUUAAGUGUAUCAUUGUAUGUAACGAUAUACAUAUAUCACUGAGAUAAAUGCAAAUGUAAGUAGAUGCAACAAUUGAUAAAAAUAUUAUCAUUGUGUUUGAAAUCAGUAAAAUAUACAUCUUCUGCAAGAUCAACCAUGUUUAACUAGUUUACUUUAUAGAUAGUAUAUUACUGAUCCCAUUUGCAAUCUGAACAUUUUUGUGUCAAUGUUAUAUUGACAUUCAAAUCUUAAUGUAGUCUAAUAAAUCAAUAUUUACAAAAACUA